AUGAUAGGUGCUGCGACGGUCUCGGGAAGGUCGCGGGCUUCUGUUGGUGGUGGCGGCGGGCACGUCGACUUCGCGACCCUUGGACGCGCCCCACUCCGCCUUGGAUUCGGCUCCCGCCGAGUGACAUCCCGCGACCUGCAGAUUGUCGAGGCGACGGAGGAGCUACUUCAGGAGGAGGUCCCCGAACCAGAAGGUGUCGCUGAGAACGUCUCACUUCUCAGAGGAUUCAAUGCGACCAUCCCUAGUGCCGAGAAGAGCCGGAUACGAAGGAGACAGACGAGAAACGUGGACACCCCCAAGCUAGGUCUGAAGAGAUUGAGCUUGGGCGCGAGGGGUUUGUUGGGCGAUGAGGAGGAACACGACGGGGAGAGCGUGGCCAGCGAAGAUGAUGUAGUGAUGGUGGGACGGUCAGAACGGAACGGGCGCGGCAGGAAGGGAAAGGGCAAGCGGAAAGGGAGGCAGAGUUUGAGUGCAGGAAAGACGUUCGGUAUCGACGAGCUCGUCCGACAGACCCACGAGAUCGAACGGGACAAGGAGAACAUCCAUGUCCGCAGGGCGCUCAUCAGCAACGAGAUUGAGGAAAUAUCUCACAAGAUUGAGGCGUUGGAUGCCAUUCGGGUCAAGCUAGAGGGGGACUUGUUGAGAUUGCAGGAGGAAGAGCUGGAAUUGGACGACGAGCUGGAAGGUGUCCGAGAAAGGAUCGAAGUGGAGGAGUCUGCCCUUCAGCCUUCGCGCAGUGUCUCGCGCACAGGUCACAUAGCGGCAAGUUCCAGGAGACGGAAAGGACCUGCGUUCCUUCCCUCGGAACACGACGAAUUGCCGCCAGGAAUCGCUUUCAUGUCUCUGGAGAGUCACACGACACCCAUUACGGCGCUUGACUUCUCAGAGCCUUACGGUACUUUGGUCACCGCGAGCCAGGAUGAUACUCAGCCUCGCGUCUGGGACUUGCUCACGGGCGAGGAGAUAGGGCGACUACGAGGCCACCGCGGGACGGUGAAGUGCAUUCAAGUCGAGGAUCACAUCUGCUUAACGGGCAGCGAGGAUGGCACUGUGCGCGCGUGGGACUUGCGGAGGGUCGAUGAGGAUGAGGACUGGGAGUCCGGGGAUAUGUUCAGUCUCAGUGACGUUGUGGAGGAGGAUGAGAGCGUCGAUACCAGCACGAACGGCAUCAGGGAAGAGAGCAGCACCAGCAGCCGGCCAUCUAGCGCCGUCCCAAGAGAUGGGCCGUGUGUGCGGACGCUUGAGGGUCAUACAAAGGCCGUUUCUGCAAUGUACUUCGAGGAUGAGUGCUUGGUCACUGGCGCAUCCGACAAGACAAUGCGGCAAUGGGACCUCAAUACAGGCCAAUGUGUGAUGACCAUGGACAUCCUUUGGGCGAUCUCACAUCCGCCCACGGCUGCUCCCGGAACGGCACUUCCUGCUCACCUGGUUCCCGGAGCCGCAGCUGCCGCGGGGACCUUCGCGGUGCCGACGCCCCCUUAUGCCGAUGGCACAUGGGAGAUGUACCAAGAUUUCGUCGGUGCUCUGCAGUUCUGGGGUUAUGCUCUUGUUAGCGGCAGCGGCGAUGGUGCCGUCAGGAUGUGGGAUAUGCGCACUGGCCAGCCCCAUCGGACGCUUCUGGGCCACACUGGGCCGGUCACAUGUCUCCAAUUUGAUGAGUUGCACAUCGUUACUGGGAGUCUCGACAAGUCCAUACGGAUAUGGGACGUGCGCACCGGAAGCAUCUUCGAGACCCUGAAGUACGAUCAUGCCGUAACGGCCCUUCAAUUUGACACGCGCAAGAUUGUCGCUGCGACAGGCGAGAACGGUAUCAAGAUAUACAAUCGGACGAGUAUGCAGCACUCCACGCUCAUGACGAACGGCCACACACGACCUGUCGAACAUCUCCGGUAUAUGGACCGAUACAUGGUCUCGGGCGGGCGCGACUCGAUUGUGAAAAUCUGGGCGCUCUAA